UUUCUCCCACACCUCUAAUGUUUUCCCACAUCUCCUCCAAACUCCAAGCCAGUUUAAGUAAUUGAUGGAGUGGAAGGAAAGAGACUUUCACUCGGCAGAAGAGCAGCUGUCAUCAACAGAGUAGCAAUAAAGAAAAUCGCCCGGGGGGAUAGAAAGAGACGGAGAGCCGCGGAGACAGGCGGAGAGGAGAGGAGAGGAGAGAGGAGAGGAGGAGCAGGGAGAAGACAGCUUCAGGUGACCGAGUGGCCAUGGAGGCGCGCGGCAUGCGUGACUAGGAGGCACCGCUUCUGGAGAAAGCGCUCACUUUGUUAGGUUGGAUUACAAAGUACAAAAACAACAAAAAACCUACAGAACUGACUGCCUUUUUGUCUAGCUAUUUCACUUGACGGAUUAUCCCACAAUCAUGAACGUGUCGCCCCCAGACCGCAGGAAAAGCGUGCGAGAGCUGGCUCUGGAGAUUGGCAUCCGAGUUCUGCUUUUCGCAGUUUUUGUAUUCACAGAGUUUCUGGAGCCCUUUGAGAGAGUGAUUCAACCGGAGGAGCUUUGGCUCUACAAGAAUCCACUAGUUGAGUCAGACCACAUUCCCAAGAGGGUCAUGUUCGCAAUUUCAUUCCUAACCCCGCUGGCGGUGAUAUUUGUGGUGAAGAUCAUUCAGAGGACGGACAAGACGGAGAUCAAAGAGGCAUGUUUAGCUGUGUCCUUGGCUCUCGCCCUGAAUGGAGUCUUCACAAAUACAAUCAAGCUGAUUGUUGGCAGACCCAGGCCUGAUUACUUCCAGCGCUGUUUCCCAGAUGGCCAAGUUAAUGUGAAGAUGCUGUGCACCGGGGAGCCAGAUCUAGUCUCAGAGGGACGCAAGAGCUUCCCCAGCAGCCAUUCCUCCUUUGCAUUCUCCGGUCUCGGCUUCACAUCCUUCUAUCUGGCAGGGAAGUUGCAGUGUUUCACGGAUCAGGGUCGAGGGCGUAGCUGGCGUCUCUGUGCCAUGGUGCUGCCUCUCUACAGCGCUAUGAUGAUUGCAUUGUCCCGGACCUGUGACUACAAACACCACUGGCAAGACGCCUUUGUUGGAGGAGUGAUCGGAUUGCUGUUCGCAUACGUCUGCUAUCGCCAGCACUACCCACCCUUUCUGCACAUGGACUGCCACCUGCCUUAUGCCAGUCUGACUGCUGCCACCCACGCACCAUCGCACGCCCAGGAUGACCCGCAACCCACGGACAAUGCCACCACCCUUCCCCUGGAGGGCUUGACUGAAGGGCCAGUAUGACUAGUGGCCACCACCGAGACUACCCACAACACCCUCACUAAGCAACCUAGCCCACCUCCCCAUUCCUAGUGACUGACUGGCUCUUGUAUACAUUCCAGUGGACAAAAAUGCACUUCACCCAUCCCCAUACCGUCGCACCCAGUCUCGGUGACACCUACAUUCUUUUGUGUUUCUUUUUUUUUGUAUAUCUGGUUCUUGCUCAGCAGUCGUGAAAUCUAUAUUUAGAUGCCAUGUGUGAGAGGAACCUACGAAUAUGGAACAUCACCGCUGAGAGGGAAGAGAGGUUGAAAAACUAAGGAAACAAGUCUUACUAAUGUGUGUGAAGAAAUAUGAAAAUAUUGCCAGAUUUUGUUUGAAUUUUUUUUCCUUAAUGAGAAUUGUGGUUGGCAGGUUGUAUCAGGCUGGAGUGUAUUAAAUGUUUGGCUGUUAAAGGAUUUGGGCAGCCAGUUGGGGAGACCCAGAGAAAUCCCAUGAAAUGUCACAGCAAUCAAACCAUGAAAUCAAACCAGUUUAACUACUAGAAAACCCUGUAUGUCACACUUAAAAACAAAUUAGAGGAUUCAAUAACAACUAGCACAAGAAAUCCAAUGACAGUCUGUGUUUUACCUUGACUUUUAGAUGCAUACUGCAUUUUUUUUUAAACCCAAACACUGGGGCACUGCUUGUAGUUGUCUAUUGCAAAAUAAUACAAUAUUGAACCACUACACUCUAAGUGAAAAGCACUGGUCCAUGUCAAGGAGAGAAUUCCCCAAUUCUGAUCCUCUACAUUCACCUAUUUUUAUUUUUCCAUUUUUCUCCAUUCUCUCUGGGCUCGUAUCGUUUUCCAGUGCAGUCCAGCAUAUUACCCCACUCCAUUCCUCCUCCUCCUCCUCCUCUCCUUGUCACCACCCAACUUUAUUUAUCACAAGCCCUACAUUUAACACAUACUCCCAGAGGUUGCGCAGGGACAUGAACCGAAAUUGUAGCUCAAUGAGUGCAAUCUAUAACAGGCAGGUGGGAAUGACGUGGCGGAAGUGUGUCUGGACAGGCACAAACUCCAAUCUGAUCCUGCAUUAAUCCUCAUUAAGGGAGGUCAGCCACUACCGCUUAUGCGCACAUUAGGACUAUAUGAGGUGUCCCACAGACCGCCCGAGCAUUGCAAAUAGCUUUCAGCCCACUGUAGCCCCAUAAAUAGACAAUCUAGCAUUCAGGAGAUGGAUUCAGAGGACAACAGGCCUGAACCCUGGGCAGCGAUCGUGAUGUAUUAUUCAUCCAUUAAUGUUCCAUUAUUUAUUAAUAUUUCCAGCCUUAAUUUAGGGACAGCACAUCGAAACAAACACCAAAGAUUUGUAGCUUUUCUCCUGCUUGAGUUGUAUGCCCCCAGUUAUGCUUUAUCACGCAAGAUGACACAGCCAGAUUUUUUUUUCCAUCAACAAAGCAAUUUGUAGCCUCUUACAAGUUUUGUUAGAAAAGACGAAUCAUUUUGUUGCCUUGGUUACUGUCUCUUUUUUGCUAUUGCUGUGACAUUAAUGGGAAGUGCAAUCUCCGCUUACCUCUAACCCAACCACGCUACAAAGGAAGGCAACAAUUAAACUGUAUAUUUGCACUGAAAAGUGAAGGGUGAAAAACAGGAGAUAGCAAACUGCAUGAUGUGAAACAAGCAGCAAGCCAAAUGCUGAUGGUGAUUUUGUUAUUUUAUUAUCUUGUCAGAAUGUUAGUGAAGCCUAUUUGUACUUUUGUCUCAUAGACUGUAUAAAAGAAGUGGACGUAGCCACUAUGGUGACCUACCAUUUUGAACCCUCAAAAUUGGCAUUUUCUACCAAAUGACUACUUAGAUGAGAGGGUGAAGCUAAUUUAUUAGCUAACUCUAGCACUAGUGAGCUAGCUUGGCUAGUAAAUGGUGCUUGUAAUUCAUUUAAACUGGGAUAUUAACUGAGCAGCUCCAUUCUGAUUGAGAGCUAGUGACUAAUCAAUUACAAGGUAGCCACACUCUUAAGCAUACCCUGCUUUAUUGUGUUUUACUCUAAAUGGGACCAUAAUUUACAAAAUGAGCAUCGUGCUGUAUUGUAAAAAGACUUGAAACCUGCUUUUGAGCCCUUUUUAGGAAAAUAUUUAUUGAGAUAUUGAAUAAAGUGAGAAGUAGGGUCAUUUUCUAAGCGAUGUCUACACAAUUUACUUUUUUUUGCAACCAGUGAAGUCGCCCCCUGCUGGCAUUAGAAAAAUGCAGGUUUGUGGCACGUUUAUGGCAGACCUGAAAUGUCCAUCUCUUUUAUACAGUCUACGAUUUGUCUCCACUGUCGAAAGAUUUUAUAUGUACAGUAUGUUGUAGAAUGCAACAGUCGAACUUGUUUUUGCUUAAAUAGACAAGGAAAGCUUCUCUGUUUAUUUAUUUAUUUUCUUCAAAUCAUUCACUCAAAUCAGCUACAUUUAAGCCUCUUAUCACUAAUGCAACCCAUUGGCAGCUUCUUAAAACUGUGUAUGUAUGUGUGUGUGCGUGCAGGCCUAUCCCGCACAGAUGCAAUACAAAAAGAGACUUUACACAGAAAGAACCUUUCGCCAAAGAGGAAACAGGUGCUCGACUCUGCAUAUCAGACUCUGUGACGGGACUUGUGACUCUGAGAGUUGACUGGAGAGAAACUUGUAACCUCCUCACUGGUUCCACGUGGCUUUCAGCACAGGCCUGGUGAUCUGUGACUGUGAGAUUUUAACAUCUUGAGGCAGAUUUGGCGAUGAAAUGAAAUGAUUGUGACACAGAUGCAUUAUGUUCUAUAGACCUGCAAUCACCUGACUUGGCAGCCUGAUGUUUGUACUUUGUCAUUUAGUAUUAUCCUAUUAAAUGGUGCAGUGUAUAUUGGAAAAAAAAUGUUCAGAAGUCAUGUCUGUAACAGUAUUUUCGCUUUAUCAGCAAAGAUUUUAAGUUUUCCUUCAAAUCAUCCACAAACUUGUUUUAAUUUGGUGCUAUAGAUACUUUUGUAGCAUUAGGUGUCACUUUUUGUCACUUUUCAAAUGGUGAAUGUGUCAUUUUGAAAUGAAAGUUCAAUACUUUUCUACAGAGACAGAAAAAGAUUAUAAUGAAGUACAUAUUUCUUCUUUUUUUUUCCUUUUCUUUAAAAUGAGAUGCUCAAGGGCAACUAGUGCUUGUUAUUGUGUGGAUUUUUUCCCCAGCCAUUUCAACUUCCCAAGGACUAAAGGGAUAAAAGUAACUAAAAAAUAAGAAUAAUUAAAUCAUCAUCAAUUAUAUUGAAUAGAUGUCUGAAGAAAAAAAGAGUGCAAGACUUAAGAAUCUUUAUUCAUGGCAUGCCAAUUCCAUUUGUGAGAAAAGACUGUUUUCUAUGAAUAAGCAUGUCUGGCCUUGAGAACUCUUUGAGCUGUGUUUUGCUGUUUAUAUACUUUAUGUACAAUAAAGGCCUGCAGCUGUGUGAAAUUUGUCCACGAAGAAAACAAAGGAGCCUAAUGCAACUUGUCAAAGUGUGAUCGUUGGAGCCUAUGUUUGUUGCUGUGACGGGAACUCUGAGCCGCUUCACUUGAAUUCAACACGAAACAAAUCCAAGGUUUGAGGACAUUUAUAUGAAAAUGUCAACCCUGAAAUCAGAAAAUAGCCUAUUACUAUGUUAUUUCCUAUGAUAUGCAAAUGAACAAUCUGACAUUUGAAUGAGCUGUAUCCCAAGUUCAGUUCAAUGAAUUUAUGCUUCAACGGACCUGCUGUCAGAUUGCACAGAGCUGCUGAGGCAGUUGAGUGUGUGUGUGUGAAUGUAAUUCUGUGCUAAGUGUGUGUUGUGCUUUUCUGCAUCAGUUGUGUUGCACUUUGUUUAGAGAGUUUCCAAUAAACGUGUGUAUGCUUAA